AAACAAACCGUAGCCUUAGCCAUUCGUCACUCCUACGGCCGCUCCCGGCUCCUCGGAGGUGCGGGUCUGCAGCGCAGACGGGGAUAGUUUCCUGUCUGUAAACUUGCAUGUCUGUUGCUACGUUAGCCGACUAGCUCCAGCUGCGUAACGCCUCAUCCUCACGGCAGCCUUCUCAUCCCCGCUGCGCUGGCCCGACCUGACUGACGGCUUCUGGUCAAUCACAGAAAAAUGUCUGGAAAGAUAACAAAAGAUGAGAUGGAGGAGAUGAGGGAGAUCUUUGCAAAAAUUGAUCUGGACAAGAAUGGAUUUAUCAGUGAUUAUGAACUAAACGAGCUCCUCAGAGAGGCCGGUCACCCACUACCUGGAUACAUGGUUCGAGAAAUCAUCCUGAAACUUGAUCGCGACCAUGACAACAGGAUCAGCUUUGAUGAGUUUUUGUCGAUCGUUCAGGAACUGCGAGGCAGUGAAGUAGCAAAAACCUUCCGGAAGGCCAUCAACAGAAAAGAAGGCAUCUUUGCCAUUGGAGGAACAUCGGAGCUGUCGAGCGAAGGGACACAACACUCGUACUCCGAGGAGGAGCGAUUCGCUUUUGUGAACUGGAUCAACACCGCCCUGGAGAAAGACCCUGACUGCCAGCACGUCCUGCCCAUGGAUCCUAACACAGACUCUCUCUUCAGGGCUGUUGGAGAUGGUAUCGUACUCUGUAAAAUGGUCAACCUGUCGGUGCCAGACACUAUCGACGAGAGAACCAUCAAUAAGAAGAAAAUGACAACAUUCACAACACAGGAAAAUCUGAACCUGGCCCUGAAUUCGGCCUCUGCCAUCGGCUGCCAUGUGGUGAACAUCGGUGCUCUAGACCUGAAGGAGGGGAAACCUCAUCUGGUGCUGGGCCUGCUGUGGCAGAUCAUUAAGAUCGGCUUGUUUGCUGACAUUGAGCUCAGCAGAAAUGAAGCGCUGGCAGCACUGCUGAGAGAGGGGGAAACGCUGGAAGACCUGAUGAAGCUGUCUCCAGAAGAACUGCUGUUACGUUGGGCAAACUUUCACCUGGAAAAUGCUGGCUGGCAGAAGAUCAACAACUUCAGCGGUGACAUCAAGGACUCAAGAGCCUAUUUCCACCUCCUGAAUCAAAUCUCCCCAAAAGGCACAGACGACGACCAUCCACGCAUAGACAUCAACAUGGGAGGCUUCAGUGAGAAAGACGACCUGAAGAGGGCGGAGGCCAUGCUCCAGCAGGCCGACAGGCUCGGCUGUCGACAGUUCGUCACCCCAGCUGACGUUGUCAGCGGUAACCCCAAGCUCAACCUUGCGUUUGUGGCAAAUCUGUUCAACAAAUACCCAGCGCUGACCAAACCCGAGAACCAGGACAUUGACUGGAAACUGCUGGAAGGUGAGACACGAGAGGAGAGGACGUUCAGAAACUGGAUGAACUCACUGGGAGUGAACCCACAUGUCAAUCAUCUCUAUGUAGACCUGCAGGAUGCCUUGGUGAUCCUCCAACUCUAUGAGAAGAUUAAAAUACCUGUUGACUGGAACAACAGGGUCAACAAGCCACCGUACCCCAAGCUGGGAACAAACAUGAAGAAGUUGGAGAAUUGUAACUAUGCCGUGGACUUGGGCAAAACAGCCAAGUUCUCACUUGUUGGCAUCGGCGGGCAGGACCUGAAUGAUGGCAACCCCACCCUAACUCUGGCACUGGUGUGGCAGCUCAUGAGAAGAUAUACGUUGAAUGUACUGGAGGACCUGGGAGAUGGAGCGAAAGCAAAUGAUGACAUCAUCGUAAAGUGGGUGAACAAAACGUUGGCCAGCGCUGGAAAAUCCACCAAGAUUUCAAGCUUUAAGGACAAAGAGAUCAGCAGCAGUUUGGCAGUGCUGGAACUGAUAGACGCCAUCCAGCCGGGCAGCAUCAACUACGAGCUGAUAAAGACCGGCUCCCUCUCUGAAGAUGACAAGCUGGAGAACGCCAAAUAUGCCGUCUCCAUGGCGAGGAAGAUCGGGGCCCGUGUCUACGCCCUCCCAGAGGACCUGGUGGAGGUCAAACCCAAAAUGGUGAUGACCGUCUUUGCCUGCUUGAUGGGUCGGGGGAUGAAGCGUGUCUGAGAGACUGGCAUUAAUUGUUAUGACACUAUACCCACAAUCCAUUAGCGUUUUAAAAAGCUCCCCCAACUGAAGGGAUGAAGAAUAAUCGAUUUAGGUUUUUUUUUUUUUUUUAACAAGAACAGUGAAUCACAGUUGGCAUGUUUCUGAGAAGAACCGUCUUUUCUUAUUUAAAAAGAAUCCACAAUACUAAAAUUCCCAAAAGAUGGUGUUACAGGGAGCAGCUUGUUACAGACAUGUUAAUAUGCAUCUCUAAUGUGUGAAAAUGCUGUUUUUUAAAAUCAUGUAUGCAUAUUUUCAGCUGCAAGGUUGUUUACAUAUUUUUACUCGGACUGAUAAAUGAUAUCCUUGACUACGCAACACAUUCCUGAAUACAAAGGAGUCAAACGGGAUGUUUAGGGUGUAGUACUCGGCACAAGACUCCCAAAUAUCCCUUCUCGCUUAUUGAAGUUAAGCAUGCCUUAAUAACUGGCACCAUGAAAUACAUAUCUGCGUACAGAAGCCAUAGAGUCAGACUACAGUGAUGAGCAUCCUGGCGUGCUGUUGGGACCUUUUGUACGUGUCAUCUGUUCGUUCUUGGAGGUAAAUGCUGGUUUGGGACGUGUGGUGUCUGAUCUUUGUUUUUUAUUUUCCGUGUCUGUUACGUUGGAUGAGGAGCGGGAUGACUGGACUCUCCUGGCUCCUGCUCUGCCGCCGCCUUGAUUCAAAGACAUUUUACUUACGCUUUGAUUCCCCCCCAUUCUCUUUUUGUAUUAAACAUUGCCAAAUAUAACAAUAACUUCAUUCCAGGUAGCUUUAUGAUAUUCUUUGACGACGGCCAAAUGGUAUGUGGCCCCGUGUUCAUGUUGAUGCUUAAGUGCUUUACAUGUAACAAUAAAUACAACUUUGAGAGCUG